AUGCGAUCCAGCGUACGCUCAAGACACGAUGUGGAAAAUAACUUUGAUUCCGAAAUACGUGAGUUACUCCGAUUGUUUGACACAAACAACGACCGGUCCAUAUCAGUCCAGGAGCUGGGCAAGGCGAUGAGGUUUUUGGGGAUGUCACCUACAGAACAAGAGAUAAUUGAUGCCAUGAGUGCCUUGGAUACAAACGAAAAUGGCAGGAUCGAGUUUCAAGAAUUAUACAAAUUUAUGCAAGCAGACAUGACCAAACUGAAUGAAGCAGAUUUCACCAACAAUCAAGACACAGUACGCUCAGCAUUCCGGACGUUUGAUAAGGAUGGAAAUGGAUACAUAGACGAGAAGGAAUUAAGAAUUGCAAUGAAGAAGUUAGGCGAAGCAUUGACAGACAAGGAGCUGGACGAUAUGAUGAAACAAGCUGAUGUCGAUGAGGAUGGCGAAAUCAGUCAUUGA